AUGGAGGAGAAAACUACAACGCCAUUCCAUGACUCUGCUUCUGAUGACAGGAAAGAGUCUCAGGUUAACGCCGAAAAGGUUAAUUCCGCUGAGAGCGAGGAGGUUCAAGGAGAGCUUCAAGUUGCAGCUGAUGAAACAGGGGCUUCGGAGCCUGGAGAAGGCUCAGGUGGUGGUGCAACUGUUCAAGAAAAUAUUAACAAAAAGAAGAAAGGGAAGGCGAGGCCUGAGACAACUGACGGUGUGUCGAACAUUGGAUCUUUGGAACCUCUCCCACCAGCAACGGCGUCUUCGCAGCCUUCUUCCAGGCCGAGUUCUUCAUCAAAACGGGCUCGGGGGCGGCCUAAGGGUACUGGGAAGCUUCAGACUUUGGCUUCUCAUGGUGAAUAUAUGGACACAGCUGGAGCAAGCUUUACCCCCCAUGUACUGUCGGUGUUCCCAGGAGAGGAUAUUGUUAGUAAGAUAGGAUCAUUUUGUGAAACCGGUCCUCGUUCAGUUUGUGUUCUUACUGCUAGUGGUGCAGUCUCCAGUGUUACCCUGCGCAAGCCUGGUACACCUGAUGGAAGUGUGACGUAUGAGGGAUGGUUUGAAAUUCUUACUCUCGCUGGUUCUUCUGUUGUGUCUGGUGAACUGCGCACUCACAGCAGAAAUGGUCUGCUGAGUGUUUCAUUGGCUAAUAGUGAUGGACAAGUUUUCGGUGGAACUGUUGCAGGUCCACUGGUAGCAGCAAGCCCUGGGCCUAUCCAACUUGUUGUUGGCAGUUUCAAGCAAAACAUCAGUCGUGGAAUCAAAAGGAAGUAUUCAGCAGGACGUUCGACAUCAGUCAACGAUUCUGCCAGUUCAAAAAUGGUGAAUCUCCCCAUUCAAGUUACCGGAAUGGCAGAUGAUGAUGAGAACUGUGACCCAGCACCGGUUCCUGUGAGAGCACGUCCCAUGGAAUCAGAUAAGGUUGUUGCUGAAAACGAUAUCCUCAACUCUGCUUCUCUAGAGCGUGUUGAUCCAAACAACUCGCAGAAAGACGAUCCAGUGAAAGCAGGUACCGUGAUUGCUGAAAACGAGGACUUCAACUCUACCUCUCCACAAAGUGUUAGUCCAGGCUACUUGCAGACCUCGCCAGCCUCACAGCCCAAAUCUGAUGAGAUGAUGACUCCAGACACUGAUGCCGAUGUCCCUGAGAUGCAAUAAAAGGACUAAGGUGUUGCAUAGUGGCAUAGGCUUCUUCAGGAAGUAAUGAGCAGCAUAUUGGAGUUCUACAGCAGCAAUGCAAGACUUUUGCCAUUGACUCUGGUUCUUAAUAUAUUAAAUUUGGGAUUUAUAUAUUGUUGUUGUUUCUGUAAUAUUUUAGUUUAAAACCUAUAGGCUGACUUAGGCCUAUUUCAUAAGACCCUGUUGUUUCGGAACUUGACAUGAAGAGAUACAGGAACUUUUCACAAUUAUGUUGUAUGAGAAUUAGAUU